AUGGCUUCCCACGAGCCGACAGAUCACUCCAAUGGUACCAUCUUUGGGCCGUACGUCCACGUCUUUGACGAUACCAUGCCUGCAGAGGCCAUACAAGCCAAGGCAAAUUCCAUCUUCAAGCAGAUGGAGGCAAACGAGUUUUGCGCCGAGGGCUACGCUCUACUAUUCAAGCCGGGCACCUACAGGGUACUCUUUGACGUUGGUUUCUAUACUCACGUGGCCGGACUGGGCCAGAAUCCCGACGAUGUACUCAUCGAGGGCGGUGCCAAUGUGCCUGCCUACUGGAUGCCAAACCGUAAUGCUACGUGCAACUUUUGGCGCUCAUUUGAGAACCUGGCUAUAAAUGCCUCAGAGGCUACCAACUGCACCACCACGAUAGCCGUGUCACAGGCAGCGCCUCUGCGAAGGCUGCAUAUCAAAAGCCGUAACGGUUUGUGGUUAUUCCAGGUCGAUCCCGCCACCGGCGCUGGCGGUUGGGCCAGUGGCGGUUACAUGGCCGACUCGGUCAUUGAUGGCCAAGUGCUACCUGGAUCUCAGCAGCAAUGGUUCUCUCGAAACAGUCGAUGGGGCUCCUGGGCCAACGGCGUCUGGAAUAUGGUAUUUGUGGGUAACCACAACGCACCCAGUGAAGCCAAUUAUCCCAAAGAGCCGUAUACUACCAUAGACCGCACUCCCGUCGUUCGCGAAAAGCCCUAUCUUUAUAUCAUGCCAGAUGGCCAAUACGCCGUCUUUGUACCUGCCCUUCAGAUGGACACGCAGGGACCGAGCUGGGAACGCGGCGCCACUCCCGGACAGUCCAUACCCAUUUCCAACUUUUACAUUGCACAACCGCCAACGGCAAAUGCUUCUAGCGUAAACUCGGCGCUACAAUCAGGAAAACAUGUCAUCUUCACUCCUGGCGUGUAUCAUUUGGACAGGGCGAUUGAGGUUACGAGGCCAGAUACCAUAAUUCUAGGCCUCGGUCUACCUUCACUUAUUCCUACUCAUGGCAACGCAGCCAUUCGCGUAGCAGAUGUCGACGGUGUCACCAUUGCUGGCCUCAUCAUUGACGCAGGAACUGUGAAUAGCCCGGCACUACUAGAGAUCGGCCACCCAGGUUCAUCUACGAGACACGCUUCCAACCCAACAUUCUUGCAUGACUUGACUGUCCGUACGGCUGGACGGCAGGCGGGUAGAAACGACGUUGGGAUAAUGAUCCAUAGUCACGAUACUGUUUGUGACCAACUCUGGCUCUGGCGUGCAGAUCAUGGGCCUGGCGCAGGAUGGGACUCGAAUCCUUCAAAGAAUGGUAUCGUGGUCAAUGGAGACGAUGUGACGAUAUACGGGUUGUUCAAUGAGCAUCACAAGGAAUAUCAGACCUUGUGGAAUGGCAACGGCGGGAGGGUAUACUUUUACCAGUCCGAAAUUCCUUACGAUCCACCAAAUCAAGAGUGCUGGAAGUCAAAUGGUGGGCAGAGAAACGGAUACGCAUCGUACAAGGUUGCAGACCACGUGACAACCCACGAGGCUUGGGGCUUGGGUGUCUAUUCGUACUUUCGCGACGCUCCCGUCAAGGUCGAGAAUGCGAUUGAAACACCAAAGACUGAUGGCGUGAAGCUGCAUCAUUUGACGACCGUCUGGCUGAAUGGUACACCUGGAAGCGAAAUCACCCAUGUUGUCAAUGGCACGGGUGGCUGUGUAAGCACGAACAACCCUCCAGAGGCCAUGCGACAAGUUGUCAAUGAGUUUCCAAGCCGAGCCCCGGUUGCACCAAGGCCGCGUCCUCCGCCACCACCAGCUCCUGGAAUGUCAAAACGCGGUCUCUGCUGGCCCAUUGAUAACAAGGACCCAGUCUUUCCUUUUACGAAACCUGGCUCCAAGAUCACUUGGCUGUACAACUGGAGCCCCAACCCUCAGCCCAAUACCACAUCCGGCAUGCUCGAGUUUGUUCCCAUGCAGUGGAAUCAUGUCUAUAUCGAUCAGCUCGCCGACAAGAUAGCUCAAGCUGGUGCACAUACCGUACUAGGCUUCAACGAACCAGAACUUCCGGACCAGUCGAACAUGCCAGUAGAACUAGCUGCCAGUGUCUGGGUGCAAUACAUUGAGCCCUUGCGACAAGCCGGCAUACGAGCUGGAAGUCCAGCCAUAUCUUCUGCUCCGCAGGGCGUUGUCUGGCUCCAACAGUUCAUUGCAAACAUUCAGGCGCAGGGAAGCGAUGUCGACUUUUACUGUCUUCACUGGUACGGCGAGACGCUGGGACAAUUCUACGACUAUAUUUGGAGCACCUAUCACCAACUCGGUCCGACCAAGCCCGUAUGGAUCACCGAGUUUGCCUGCACAAACUGGAAUGUAGACAAUCCCCUACCAGAGGAUUAUGUUGAAGGUUUCGCCAGGGACAGCGUCGCAUAUCUUGAUACGCUCGACUGGGUGGAGCGAUAUGCGUGGUUUGCCCCUACGCCUGACACGGGUACUGUAGGAAAGUGGGCGGCAAUGCUGGACAGUGAUGGGAACCUCACACCAUUGGGGAUAUCUUAUAGGGAUGUCUAA